AAAGAGAGUUGACAGCCGAAGUGAAGAUACGUGGGUUUUUGCGGAAAGGAUUCGUGCUCUUGCUACUUCUUUCCCAUCUUCGACCUUCUUCUCAACUUUCUUCACGUCGCGCGACAACACUCUACCGCAAGCCGCGACUGCCCACGGAACCACCGCCAACAUGAAUCCGCAAAUCACCAACCUCGUCAUCAUCCUCGUGAUGAUGCAGGCCAGCAAGAAGAUCCCCUUCGAAGACCCCAACGUCCUCAUGGGCGUGCGCGGUCUCUACAUCGUCAGCAACAUCAUCAUCUUCGGCAUCUACAUGUACGUCAAGAUGCAAAUCGACAAGAAGAAGGACAUGACAGUCCUCAAAUACGUCGAACCCGCCCCCAUGGGCAGCACCGAAGAACCCAAAGCCGUCACAACCACAAUCCACGCCUACGACCAACAACAACUCAAAGGCCUCUUCAAAUCCCAACUCAUGGGUCUCGGCAUGAUGGCCGUGAUGCACUUAUACUUCAAAUACACCAACCCACUCCUCAUCCAAUCCAUCAUCCCACUCAAAGGCGCUUUCGAGGGAAAUUUGGUCAAAGUGCACAUGUUGGGACACUCGGCGAGCGGGGAUUUGAAGAGACCUUGGAAGGCGAAUGCUGGCAUGAUGGGCGCGUUGAAUCAGGGUGCGGGCGAGAUUAAGACGGAUAAGAAGAGUAUUGAGGCGGCGGAGAAGGCGGGUCGUGGGGGUGCUAAGGAGGAGUAAGGGAUAUUCAACUCGAUUGAAGGAUAUGGAGUUGGAAGGGCUGAAACAGGCGAUAAUUUGCGACUUGGUUGUGUGCGUUUGGUCGGAUGAAUCUUCGUGGCAGGUACAUUCGUGUGUCGCGUGUCUGCGCGAGUGGCCAUCGAAGUACUACCGUCUACCAGCGCUGAGCACCUUGGACAGUCGCAUCACAUAACACGAAAUUUGAAAGCGUGAAGGCGACUUUUUCUACCACCAUCUCUCAAAAUUUCGCUUGCUGUCCGGGCACUGAUAAAUUCACGCGAUCACAUCAUCACAAAGCGGGUCUAGGCUUUUGGCUGAUGCCUCUCCCAAGUUGUGGCAAGUUCCACCAAUACAAAGUACGAUCAAGACAAGAAGAGCGCACUUGGUCACAACUCAUGUCAAAC